GACCUUCAYGAGAGGAGUUGAAUCAAAAAUAUGGAUAUAAUUGCGAUAUACAGAAAACUAUUCAAGCGAAUUUCAAGGGUACUGCCUUUUCAUCGAGAUGUGGCUACCUUAGAUCAAGUGCCGAUCACCGCAUUGCACGAUGCUAUCUUACUAAAGAUAUUCCAAUAUUUACCAGUAACUGACUUAAUUCGCGCAUCGGAGGUCUGCAGGAAAUGGUAUCAACUCUCGUUCGAUAGAUUUCUUUGGAAAAGUGUUGACUUGAGUGAGUUUUCAAAGACACUGCACACCAGAGAAAAAUUAGCUGAUGUAACGCAAUCUUAUUUAGCUAACAAAGUCAUUGCCUUGAACAUUAGCGGCUUYACUCUACCUCAAGAAGUUGUUGCAACAUUGGCUUUGCAUUGCCGUGGCCUUAAAAGGCUUGUCGUCAAGUCUGUGACGUUCACCUUGGAGAAGAAGGAGAUUUAUCAAGACGUAAUUUUUCCGGACGGAUUGGAGCAUCUAGACUUGCGUUACUCAGAUGGUCCGGCGGUUGUUUAUGAAGCGAUAGCAAAACGACUCGAAAACAUCAAAUGGUUGGGGCUGUGUGAUGCUCUUGUUCUCGCCAUGUCAAGUCAACCAACACCGCUACUACCGAACUUAGUUAAAAUUGACUUGUCACAUUGUAAAUUAGUCAAGGAUUCUUUCAUCAUGAAGUUGGGCGUAUGCCCUAAGCUAAGACUGCUCAAUCUUAGAAAGUGCUUCAAUAUAUCUGGUGAAUUUUUGCCCGUGUUACUGGAAAGUUCGUCUUGUUUGGAAACACUCAUUCUCGAUGGUACAAGUGUACAAGAAGAAUAUUUACAGCAGGUUUAUUGGAGAAACACAAAAAUCAAGUAUUUAGAAAUGGGGUGGUGUCCCCUUCUUACUAAGGAAGGAUUACAAAUAAUUUUGCCAGAGAUUGGACGAAUCAAAACCCUGGAAUACUUAGGUCUUUGUAACGNUACAAACUGGAAACACCAUUGUAAACUGACACAAUAA